AUGUCUAACGAAAGAACUUUCAUUGCUAUCAAACCAGAUGGUGUCCAAAGAGGUUUAAUUGCCCCAAUCUUAUCCAGAUUUGAAAACAGAGGUUUCAAAUUAGUUGGUAUUAAAUUAGUUCACCCAACUGAAUCUUUAUUAAGAGAACAUUAUGAAGAUUUACAAACCAAACCAUUUUUCCCAUCCUUAUUAUCUUACAUGUUAUCUGGCCCAGUCUUAGCUACUGUUUGGGAAGGUAAAGAUGCUGUCAAGCAAGGUAGAGCCAUUUUAGGUGCCACCAACCCUUUACAAUCUGCUCCAGGUACCAUCAGAGGUGAUUACGCUAUUGAAACUGGUAGAAAUGUUGCUCAUGGUUCUGAUUCCGUUGAAUCUGCUAACAGAGAAAUCGGUUUAUGGUUCAAAAAAGAAGAAUUAGUUGAUUACAAACCAGCUUUAUUCGGUUGGAUUUAUGAAUAA